UGGGACUUUUCCGACUCAAAUGUAGACGUGUGAGCUCCAAUCUCUUUUUGUCUUCACGCUGCUUUAGCAGAUUUAGUCAAUUCAGCAAUGAAGAAGCGUUUCAUACAAAUAUUUGGCUUCUUGACCUCUUCUUUGGGAUGGCUGUUCAUUCUGUGCACCAUGGCAAUGGACUACUGGAGAAUCAGCCAGAUCGGAGGAGAAGGUGGUUCCUUCAUAAUCAAGGUGGCCUGGUACUGGUCCAACCUGUGGAAGGACUGUUUCACCGACUCCACUGCCGUCACCAACUGUAGAGACUACGGGGUCCUCUGGAGUGUCUUGUAUUACGUCCAGGCAGUUCGGGGGUUGCUAAUGUGCGGCUUGACGAUUGGAUUCUUUGCAGUCAUGUGCUGCUUUGUUGGGAUGGAGUGCACUUAUAUCGGUGGACCGGAACCAACCAAAGAUAAGCUGGUCUUUUCUGGAGCUGUUUUUCAUUUUGUUGGUGGUGUGUCAAAUCUUGUUGCCUACUGCUUAUACAUCAACAGAGUUGCCAGAACAGCUUUUGCUACCAAUUUACCAGCAGGACAAUUACGAUAUGAGUUAGGACCACCCGUAUUUCUGGGUUUGGUGGGAUGUUUUUUAAUUUUUGGGGGGGCUGUUCUGUAUGCUGUGACGGUCAUCAAAGUAAUCUACCCUGAUAGAAAAGUGAUGGAGGUAUAUGGCAGACCAACAUACAUGCCCCCAUCCUACAGGGGAAGAAGUUUGUACACGGGAUACUAUGAACCCUCCCGACUCUAUGGGUCUUACUCCUCAGGACGAUCAAGCAUCAAGAUCUCAAGGCUGUCUCAAGCUACACCAAAACUGCCAGAAAGAGAUGCAUUUGUGUAGUACCGAAGCUCUUUCAAGUCUCACAAAGUUCUGCAGCAGGGUUGUAAGAAAGUGUAUAAUGUCUAACUAAACUGAAUGCAGUGAUUUUGUAGCAUUUUCUAUCGUUACUAUGUUUAUUGUCACUGCUUUUUGUCACUUAGCCAAUUGGUGUUUAGGUGCUAAUAAAGGCAAAACCUGA